AGAAGAAAUAAGAAAGAGAGUGGAAAAAAACGAUGUGUGUAAUGGCAAAGGCGUUUUACCAAACCAAACAGCCACUCACAAACCCUAUUCAACUUUCUCUCUUCUCAAUCCUGUGGGUUUCAUCUUGUUUCCAAAUUUCCACCAACGCCGCUGCCUCUCAAAACCAUGGGCGGUUUUCUGUCAACCCAAUACCGCUAUCCGCUCUCCCAAAACCGGCUGCCCCUUCUUCUAUCUAUAUACCCUGUCUUUCACUUUCUCUCACUCGCACGAUCCCAUGAACCCACUGUUCUUCUCUCUCUCUCUAGAAUAAGAUUCUUCUGGUUUUGAGGGAUUUCUGUUUCUGGGUUUGGUUCUAUUUCUGGAAUUUGUAACGGCGAAUCGGAGGAAUUUGGGUGUGGUUUUAAUGGAAAGCGAUAGUUUAGGAAGCGACGGUGGAGGCGGUGGCGGCGGCGGAGGAGGGAUGUUUUCCGGGCUGAAUUCGGCAAUGUUGGGAUUGGAUUUACCUCUUCAUCCACACCCCACGAAUCCCCCGAAUUCUCACCAAUUACAUCACGCUUCAAUGGUGUCUUACGCCCCACAAAAGCCGCAACUCCAACAACAACCGCCGCCUACCGCCGUGAGAUACCCUUACCCUGCGAAGCCCAAGCCGCAGCAGUCGAAUCUCAGCGAUGAUGAGGAGCAGGGGUUCGCGGUGGAGGACGGCAACAGCGAUGGAAAGAAGAAGAUCUCCCCAUGGCAGAGGAUGAAAUGGACGGACAUGAUGGUCCGGCUGUUAAUCACGGCGGUGUUUUACAUCGGCGAUGAAGGUGGAACGGAGCAAGCGGACCACGCCGGCAAGAAAAAACCAGUGGGACUGCUGCAGAAGAAGGGGAAAUGGAAAUCGGUUUCCAGAGCGAUGAUGGAGAAGGGAUUUUACGUUUCGCCACAGCAAUGCGAAGACAAAUUCAACGAUUUAAACAAGAGAUAUAAACGAGUUAACGACAUUUUGGGGAAGGGAACCGCUUGCAGAGUCGUCGAGAAUCAAACGCUAUUGGAUUCGAUGGAAUUAACACCAAAAACGAAGGAAGAAGUUCGAAAAUUACUCAAUUCUAAACAUCUAUUCUUCAGAGAAAUGUGCGCUUACCACAACACUUGCCGUCACAGCACUGGCAACAACGGCGGAGGAGGCGCCCAUCCUUCUCCGGACACUGCAGCAGAACCACCCUCCCACCUUCAACAACACCAACACCAACAACAACAACAACAACAACGAUGCUUCCACGCGACGGAGAGCGCCGCUGCCGCGGCGACAGUAGGAGCGGACGGAGAUGACGAAGAUGAGGACGACGAAGAAGAGGAAUCGGAGGAAGAUGAGGAUGACGAGGAGGAGGAAAUUGAAGGAACUUCGAGAGGUCACGAAGAGGAGGAUGAGACGGAAUCGAGGAAGCGAGCGAGGAAAGGGGGGAUUGCAGUGGCGGCGAUGCAGCAAUUGAAUGCAGAGGUGAUCGGAGUUCUGCAGGACGGGGGGAGGAGUCCGUGGGAGAAGAAGCAGUGGAUGAAGAGCCGGUUGAUUCAGCUUGAAGAGCAACAGGUGAACUACCAAUCGCAGGCGUUCGAGCUGGAGAAGCAGCGGCUGAAAUGGCUGAAGUUCAGGAGCAAGAAGGAGAGGGAUAUGGAGAGGGCGAAGCUGGAGAACGAGAAGAGAAGGCUGGAGACGGAGAGGAUGGUGCUAAUGGUGAAGCAGAAGGAGUUGGAUUGGAUGGAUAUGCACCAUUAUCAGCAGCAGCAGCAUUCCUCCAAUAAGCGAGGCGAUCCAUCGUCGAUUACAGGUUGAAGACGAUGAAGAAAGGGGAUUAGGGUUAGGGCUUCAAAAUCAGGGGAUGUAAAUUUACUAAUUUUAGAACAAACUGUAUAAUCAAUCACCCUUAGUUUUGUUCUCAUGAUUUAUUUUUUAAUAAUUUAUUUUGCUUUCAAUA